UAUUAGAAUUAGUGGUUUCGAUUAAGAUAAAACUUCUUAUCAGUCUUGGAAGCAUUUCAGUGCAGCCUUCUAGCAUUGGAAGCGAACUGCAACCGCAACCCAAGCUUGCUAGAGGCUGACGUUGGAGCUUUCAGUCGUUGGGCUGCUUGCUGCUAGCGCUUACUUCUAGCCGCAGAGAGAAUUCUUCGUUAGUUCGCUGAGUGUUUGCGGAGGUCUCCUAUGCGAAUCGCGUGUUCUAAAUUAUUUUGUGUCUAUUCCAAGUGCCUUCGCCAAAUAGUGUCCACCAACAUGUCAAAUUCCACCCAAUUUUCCCGGCUACCAAGUAACGUUGUCCCGGUGCACUACGAUCUUGAGAUUAAGCCAAAUCUAGAGAAGUUCACAUUCGAGGGAAAAGUAGCCGUAAAUCUUGAGAUCAAAGACACUACACAGAAAAUCAUCCUGCACUCCUUAGAUCUGGCAAUUACCAAAAUAACAUUCAAGGAAAGUAGUGGCGGGAUUCUAAAUUUAGAGGAUUUCCAGCUGAAUGUCGAUGACGAGACGUUAACUUUGAACUUGCCUAAUGCUCUGACAGCACCUUCGGAGGGUAAGGCAUCGGGUACUCUUCAAAUGGAAUUUACCGGCGAAAUCAACAACACGAUGAAAGGAUUCUACCGGAGCAAGUACUUCACUUCUUCCGGGGAGGAACGAUACGCUGCAGUAACGCAAUUCUGUCCAACAGAUGCAAGGAGAUGUUUUCCUUGUUGGGACGAGCCCGCCCUGAAGGCUACCUUUGAUGUUACUCUGAUUGUUCCGGAAAAUAGAACGGCGCUUUCAAACAUGCCCGUGAAAAAUGAAAGUGAAUUGGGCGAUGGAAUGAGGAAAGUCGAGUACGAAACAACUCCCAUUAUGUCAACAUAUUUGCUAGCAUUCGUGGUAGGCGAGUAUGAUUAUGUGGAGGGUAAAUCCGAGGAUGGCGUUGCUGUUCGUGUAUACACGCCGUUGGGGAAAAAGGAGCAAGGGAACUUUGCCUUAGAAGUGACCACGAAAGCACUGCCUUUCUAUAAAGAUUACUUUAAAAUCGCUUAUCCUCUCCCUAAGAUCGACUUGAUUGCUCUGGCGGAUUGCGCAGCAGGCGCUAUGGAGAACUGGGGCUUAGUAACAUAUAGGGAGACGCGACUCCUGGUUGAUUCGGAAAAUACAGCAUUACUGAAUAAGCAGUCUAUUGCAUUAACCGUUAGCCAUGAACUAGCGCAUCAGUGGUUUGGAAAUUUGGUUACCAUGGAAUGGUGGACUGAUAUUUGGCUGAAUGAAGGAUACGCGACUUUCAUGGAAUUCUUCUGUGUUGAUCACAUAUUCCCGGAUAAUAAUAUCUGGGCUCAAUUCUCAACAGAUGUUUACACUUGCGCCCUGGAGUUGGAUUGCCUGCAAAAUUCCCAUCCCAUUGAAAUUCCCAUAAACCACCCCGAUGAGCUCAAUGAAAUUUUCGAUACAAUUAGUUACAAAAAAGGAGCUAGUAUUAUUCGAAUGCUAUAUAAUUAUAUUGGAGACGAAUACUUCCGGAAAGGGAUGAAUUUGUACCUCACACGUUUCAUGUAUAAGAAUGCCAGCACAAAAGAUUUAUGGACAGCUUUAGGGGAGGUGAGUGAAAAGCCGAUUUUAGAUGUAAUGUCCACUUGGACGAAGCAUAUGGGAUAUCCAGUGGUCACAGUAGAUAUGGAGCAAGAUGGGGUCAAGCGAUUUCUCAAUUUAACACAGUCGAAAUUUUCCGUUGGAACAACUUUAUCUGAUAAGGAUAAUACUUAUUGGCUCAUUCCACUAAUGGUAGCCAAUGAAGGAGAUACAAAAGUCGCCGAAAGGAAGUACUUAAUGGAUAAUAAGUCUAUGGAAAUAUUCAUUGACAAUGUUCCUGAAAAUGCUUGGAUCAAGUUGAAUUCAGGAAGUGUCAGUUAUUUUCGAACUAAAUACAGUGAGGACAUGCUAAAAGCGUUCAUCCCUACGAUAAAGGAUCAAACACUCCCACCUUCGGAUCGUCUUAGUCUUCUCGAUGAUUUGUUUGCGAUGUCGUUUGCAGGGAAAACAUCUGCUGUCCAGGUCCUCGAUUUCAUCAAUGCUUACAAAAAUGAGACGAAUUUUACAGUUUGGUCUUCCAUUUGUGAUUGUUUGGGAAAAUUCCAGCUGCUAUUCGCCCACACAGAUAUUAUUGAGCAUUUGAAUGAGUUUGCCAUUCACUUGUUCACGCCGAUUUCUGAAAAGCUUGGUUGGAUUCGAAAAGAUGGUGAGAGCCAAAUGGAUACGUUCCUGCGAGGCCUUCUGUUGAGUAGAUUGGUGUCAUUCAACUGUCGGAAAACUUUAGAGGAAGGAAAAAGAAGAUUUGAUCAGCAUGUCAACGGUACUACCUUGCUUCCAGCCGACUUGCGCUCGAUAUGUUAUAAAUCAGCUAUGAAACUAGGAGACGAGAAAACAUUCAACAAUUUCGUGGAAAUGUAUACUACGUCUGAAUUAAAUGAGGAAAAGGACAGGAUAGCACAAGCCCUGGGAUCCAGCAAAAAUAUUAAUAUCCUUCGUAAAGUGAUUGAUUUUGCACUAUCUGAGAAAGUUCGAAAUCAGGAUUCAGUAUAUGUUUUGGUCGCCGUAGCUGUGAAUCCCGUGGGGAGAGACCUAGUGUGGGAUUACUUCAAGAGCAACCACGAAUUAUUCAUGGAAAGAUAUACGAGUUCGUUCCUGAAAACGCGGCUUGCGAAGUUCAUAACUGAAAAUUUCACGACCGAAGAACGAGCCGAAGAAGUGAAAAUGUUUUUCAAAGAGCAUCCUUUCGCCGGAACCGAAAGAACUGUGUCCCAGUCUGUUGAAACCAUUCAAUUGAACAGUGCUUGGCUGCAGAGGGAUUUGGAACCUAUUCGGAAUUAUUUCCAGAAGAACAGGGAAAACAAGUAGAAUACAUACAUACCAUAUGUUGAAAUGUUGCAGAAGGAAAAUGCUCUUAAAUUCUUUUUUCCCCAUAAUAAAAGAGAGCUGCUGACAUUCUCUUAAA